AUGACUGCUGUUACUGCAGGCAACGUGAACUUCAAAUGGGACCCCAAAAGCUUGGAGAUAAGAACACUGGCAGUGGAACGACUACUGGAGCCUCUUGUUACACAGGUAACAACGCUGGUGAACACUAGCAACAAGGGCCCCUCUAAUAAAAAGCGAGGGCGUUCCAAGAAGGCCCACGUUUUGGCUGCUUCAGUUGAACAAGCAACAGAAAAUUUCCUGGAGAAAGGAGACAAAAUAGCAAAGGAGAGCCAGUUCCUGAAGGAGGAGCUGGUGGCAGCCGUGGAGGAUGUCCGCAAGCAAGGUGAGCUGAUGAAGAGUGCUUCGGGGGAGUUUGCUGACGACCCCUGCUCCUCGGUGAAGCGCGGGAACAUGGUGCGGGCGGCGCGCGCCCUGCUCUCCGCCGUCACGCGCCUGCUGAUUCUGGCCGACAUGGCAGACGUCUACAAGCUGCUUGUCCAACUCAAAGUAGUGGAAGAAGGUAUCCUGAAACUGAGAAAUGCUGGCACAGAGCAGGAUUUGGGUAUCCAGUACAAAGCCCUCAAACCAGAAGUGGAUAAGCUUAACAUAAUGGCAGCCAAAAGACAACAGGAAUUGAAAGAUGUGGGUCACCGUGAUCAGAUGGCAGCAGCCAGAGGAAUCCUGCAGAAGAAUGUCCCCAUUCUCUACACAGCAUCCCAGGCCUGUCUGCAGCACCCUGAUGUAGCUGCUUACAAAGCCAACAGGGACCUGAUCUACAAACAGCUCCAGCAGGCAGUCACAGGCAUCUCCAACGCAGCCCAAGCCACCGCCUCAGAUGAUGCUGCCCAGCAGCAGGGUGGAGGUGGAGAGCUGGCUUAUGCUCUCAACAACUUUGAUAAACAAAUCAUCGUGGACCCCUCCACCUUCAGCGAGGAACGCUUCCGGCCUUCCCUGGAAGAGCGCCUGGAGAGCAUCAUCAGCGGGGCGGCGCUGAUGGCAGAUUCCUCCUGCACCCGUGACGACCGGCGGGAGCGCAUCGUGGCCGAGUGCAACGCCGUGCGACAGGCCCUGCAGGAUCUGCUCUCCGAGUACAUGGGCAAUUGCCAUCUGGGGACUUGGUAUGAAGAGAGCACUCCUGCUGGGCGCAAGGAAAGGAGCGAUGCCCUGAACUCUGCCAUUGAUAAGAUGACCAAAAAGACCAGAGACCUGCGCAGACAGCUCCGCAAAGCUGUAAUGGACCACGUGUCAGACUCCUUUCUGGAAACAAAUGUUCCACUUUUAGUAUUGAUUGAAGCUGCCAAGAAUGGGAAUGAAAAAGAAGUGAAAGAAUAUGCCCAGGUUUUCCGUGAACAUGCCAACAAAUUGAUUGAGGUGGCCAACUUGGCCUGUUCCAUCUCGAACAACGAGGAGGGUGUGAAAUUGGUUCGCAUGUCAGCCAGCCAGCUUGAAGCCCUGUGUCCACAGGUCAUCAAUGCUGCUCUGGCUCUGGCUGCUAAACCCCAAAGCAAGCUGGCCCAAGAGAACAUGGAUCUCUUCAAGGAGCAGUGGGAGAAGCAAGUGCGUGUGCUGACAGAUGCUGUGGAUGACAUCACUUCCAUUGAUGACUUCCUGGCUGUAUCAGAGAACCACAUUCUGGAAGAUGUAAACAAAUGUGUCAUCGCUCUCCAAGAAAAAGACGUGGACGGCCUGGACCGCACAGCUGGGGCCAUCCGGGGACGUGCUGCCAGGGUCAUCCAUGUUGUCACCUCUGAAAUGGAUAACUAUGAACCUGGGGUCUACACAGAGAAGGUCUUGGAAGCCACGAAGCUGCUGUCCAACACAGUUAUGCCGAGGUUUACUGAGCAGGUAGAAGCUGCUGUGGAAGCCCUGAGCUCAGACCCUGCUCAGCCGAUGGACGAGAACGAAUUCAUCGACGCUUCACGCCUGGUGUACGACGGCAUCCGGGACAUCAGGAAAGCCGUGCUGAUGAUCCGGACUCCUGAGGAGUUGGAUGAUUCUGACUUUGAGACUGAGGACUUCGACGUCCGGAGCAGGACGAGUAUCCAGACCGAAGAUGAUCAGCUCAUUGCUGGACAAAGUGCCAGGGCUAUCAUGGCUCAGCUCCCUCAAGAGCAAAAAGCUAAGAUUGCUGAGCAAGUGGCCAGCUUCCAGGAAGAAAAGAGCAAACUGGAUGCUGAAGUAUCAAAAUGGGAUGACAGUGGUAAUGACAUCAUCGUCCUGGCAAAACAGAUGUGUAUGAUUAUGAUGGAAAUGACAGACUUCACCAGAGGUAAAGGUCCACUGAAAAACACAUCAGAUGUGAUUAGUGCAGCCAAGAAGAUUGCAGAGGCUGGGUCAAGGAUGGACAAGCUGGGACGGACUAUUGCUGACCAUUGCCCUGACUCUGCCUGCAAGCAGGACCUGCUGGCCUACCUGCAGCGCAUCGCUCUCUACUGCCACCAGCUCAACAUCUGCAGCAAGGUCAAGGCUGAAGUGCAGAACCUGGGCGGGGAGCUGGUGGUGUCUGGGGUGGACAGUGCCAUGUCUCUCAUCCAAGCGGCCAAGAACCUGAUGAACGCGGUGGUGCAGACCGUGAAGGCUUCCUACGUGGCAUCCACCAAGUACCAGAAGUCCCAGGGCAUGGCCUCCCUCAAUCUCCCUGCUGUCUCGUGGAAGAUGAAGGCACCAGAGAAGAAACCCCUGGUCAAGAGGGAGAAACAGGAUGAAACCCAAACGAAAAUCAAGAGAGCCUCCCAGAAGAAGCACGUCAACCCUGUGCAGGCUCUCAGCGAGUUCAAGGCGAUGGAGAGCAUUUGAAGAGGCCUCUCUGGCCUGCUGCUUUUUGGGCUCUUCCCUACCACUGCUACUUCCCUGAACUCUACUUUGAAUAUUCCAAGGAUUUUUUUUUUUUU